CGUCAUUGCGGGAGCAAGUGCAGCGGCCACAUCCUCGCCUUAGCCGGGCUCCAGGGCACUGAGGGCAGCCUCUGGGCCAGCGGUGCGGGGCCAGCGGUGCGGGGCCAGCCUCCUUGCCUUGCCGGGCCCCCACCCACGACACCUCGCUGGCGGCAGCCGCAGGGAGACCAGCAGGCCCAGAUCUGCGGAGCCUGCCAGGACCUGCGAGUCCUUCGGAGGCCACCGCCAGGAAAGGGAAAGCAGCAUCUUCAGAGCCUCUCUGGUGUGGUCUGGGGAGCCACGAGACCGCCGGCAGACACCCACCCCUGCCUCACUCCUUGCAAGUCCCGGGAAUUCCCGAGAGCCCUCUCAGGAAGGCUGGGUACUGCAGCCCUGCGGGCAGGGCCUGGGCCCUCCUUGACUGGGGCGAACAAAUUGCGCCCGUGAGGCCCUCUACUUACUGAGCCUUUGGGAAGGGUUCGUGGCAUCCUGGAUAAUUCUUUGGAUUCCCGAGGCAGCUCAGGUGUGCGCCAGCGGGCAUACUGCUGCCUCAGGGAGCUGGGCAAGAUGCUGUUUGGCAUAAAGGACAUCGCACUGUUGGAGCACGGGUGCAAGGCCCUCGAGGUGGACAGUUACAGGUCCCUGAUGAUUCUGGGCAUACCGGAGGACUGUAGCCACGAGGAGUUCGAAGAGAUCAUACGGGUCCCCCUAAAACCUCUGGGCAAGUUCGAAGUGGCUGGGAAGGCCUUUUUGGAAGAAGAGAGAUCCGAGGCAGCUAUCAUUAGGCUGGUGGAGGACAUCAAUCAUGCCGUGAUCCCCAGGGAGAUCAAGGGCAAGGGCGGCGUGUGGAGAGUGGUCUACAUGCCCCGGAAACAAGACGUUGAAUUCCUGACCAAGCUGAACCUCUUCCUGCAGAGCGAGGGCAGGACGGUGGAGGACGUGGCUCGGGUCCUGAGGCAGGAACUGCGCCCGGCAGCGACGGGCCCCAGGGAGCUGCCUGCCACAGAGUGCUGUGUGCCCGGGCCCAGGGAGAAGCCCGGCGCUGGGGCCGCCGCCGUGGGGGACAGGGUGCCACCUCUGGGCUCCACAGAGAAGCAGAGCAAGGCUGGAGAGGGCAAGAGGGGCAGGAGGAAGCACAAGAAAACCCGCCGCCGGCAUCACGCAGUGGACAAGAAGCCGUGAGGUGCUUCAGGUUUUACCACUUGCAAAAGAAAAAGCUGAUGUCUCCCAUACUAGGUCAUUCCCACUUGGAAGUCUUGACUUCUCGGGCUUGGAUUCUAAAACCGGCAUUCCUCGAACAGGGGUGUCCUGAGGAUUUUCUAAUUUUCGGGGCUGUACAGAGCAGCUUUCCAGGGCAGCCGAUUUGGGGUUUCAGGCAGGGAAGAGAAGCCAAGGAGAGGUGCAGCCCCGGCCCCGCCCUCUGCCUGCGCCCCACCCCACCGAGCGGCCUCGGCCCUGGAGAGCGUCUCCCCGUUGCCAUGGAGACCGCUGGGCGCUGAGGCGCGAGGCCUCGCGGACAGGAGGGAAAGGUGGAGAAAGCUGGGUGGGGGCUGAGCGCUGCGGUUGGACUGGAGCUUGUGAGAAGCAGGAGGAGAAAAUCCAGCGAGGCCUAAAAUCCGGCUCUGCCCAAGCAGAAACAACCGGCGUGAGCCAGGAACUGUGCGCAGGCCUCGAGGAGAGUUUAGCCGUCGCCAAGCCCGCAGGCAUCGUCUUUCCUUCUUUGCUUCUCUCCUUUCAUUUUUCUUCCUCUCCCUUCCCUCUUGUCUAAGCAUCUGCCUGGUUCUUUCAAGAGUUAAAUGCACACGUUGUGAGUUAAAUAAAAC